GGGAAGAGCUUCACACAGUCCUCCACUCUAGCACACCUGCGUAUCCACACAGGCGAUAAGGCGCAUCAGUGCUCUGUGUGUGGAAAGAGCUUCACCCAGUCCUCCGCUCUGGCACAACAGCAUGUCCACACGGGGGAGAAGCCACAUCAGUGCUCUGUGUGUGGGAAGAGCUUCAGCUGUUCCUUCAAUCUGGCACGGCACCAGCAUAUCCACACAGGCAAUAAGCCGCAUCAGUGCUCUGUGUGUGGGAAGAGCUUUACUGGUUCAUUCCAACUGGCCCAUCACCAACAUAUACACAUGGGGGAGAAGCCACAUCAGUGCUCUGUGUGUGGGAAGAACUUUACUGGUUCAUCCCAACUGGCCCAUCACCAACAUAUACACAUGGGGGAGAAGCCACAUCAGUGCUCUGUGUGUGGGAAGAGAUUCAGCCAUUACUCUCACCUGGCCAUCCACCAGCGUGUCCACACAGGCGAUAAGCCGCAUCAGUGCUCCGUGUGUGGGAAGAGCUUCACACAGUCCUCCACUCUGGCACAACACCAGCGUAUCCACACGGGCGAUAAGCCGCAUCAGUGCUCUGUGUGUGGAAGGAGCUUCACCCAGUCCUCCACUCUGGCAAAACACCAGCGUAUCCACACAGGGGAGAAACCACAUCAGUGCUCUGUGUGUGGGAAGAGCUUUACUAGUUCAUCCCAACUGGCCCGUCACCAACAUAUCCACACAGGGGAGAAGCCACAUCAGUGCUCUGUGUGUGGGAAGAGAUUCAGCCAUUCCUCUAACCUGGCCAUCCACCAGCGUGUCCACACAGGCGAUAAGCCGCAUCAGUGCUCCGUGUGUGGGAAGAGCUUCACCCAGUCCUCCACUCUGGUACAACACCAGCGUGUCCACACAGGGGAGAAGCCACAUCAGUGCUCUGUGUGUGGGAAGAGCUUCAGCCGUUCCUCCAACCUGGCACGGCACCAGCAUAUCCACACAGGCGAUAAGCUGCAUUAGUGCUCUGUGUGUGGGAAGAGCUUUACUGGUUCAUCCUAACUGUCCCAUCACCAACAUAUCCACACAGGUGAUAAGCCGCAUCAGUGCUGUGUGUGUGGAAAGAGCUUCACCCGGUCCUGCUCUCUGGCACAACACCAGUGUAUGCACAUGGGAGAAACCACAUCAGUCCUCUGUGUGCAGGAAGAGCUUCAGCCGUUCCUCCUAUCUGGCCAUCCAUCAGUACAUCCAUGCAGGGGAGGAGCCAUAUUGGUGCCCUGAGUGUGGGAAGGGCUUCACCCAGGCCUCCCAUUUGUUCUAACACCAGUGCAUCCACAUGGGAGAAGGCACAUCAGUGCUCUGUGUUUGGGAAGAACUUUACCAGUUCAUCCUACCUGGCCCAGCACCAGCGUUUCCACACACGGGAGAAGUACUGCUGUGCAUGUAAGGACUUCCCUCAGUCCUUCAGCCUAGCCACACACCAGCAUGUGAACACAAGGGAGUGACCACAUCAGUGCGCUGAGUGUAGAAAGACCUUUGCUAUUUCAUCCCACCUGGCCCAGCACAAAUGCAUCCACAGAGGGGAGAAGCCGCAUCUGUCCUCUGUGUGGGAAGAGCUUCACCAGUUCCUCUGACCUGGCUAUCCCCCAGAGUAUCCACGUAGAGGAAAGCCAUGUCAGUGCCCUGAGUGUGGGAAGAUCUUCACCCGUUCCUCAAGUCUGGUUCGAUACCAGCAGAUCCAUAGGGGGGAGAAGACAUAUAAUUACCCUGACUGGGGUGAAGCUCACCUCCUCCUUCAACCUGGCCGGACACAAGUGUAUGCACCCAGAUGAGAAGCCAUAUCAGUGCUUCACUCAGUCCUCCCACCUGGCCGUGCACCAGUAGACCCAUACAGCAAAGAAGCCACAUGAUUUCCCUGAAUGCGGGAAGAGCUGCACCCAAUCCUCCAGCCUGGCCACUCCCUAGCAUAUGCACGCAGAGGAGUAGACGUAUCAGUGCUCAGAGUGUGGGAAAGAGAUUCAGCCAAUCCUCCAGUCUGGCCACCCAUGCGUCCAUGCAGGGGAGAAACGACAUGAGUCCUCUGUGUGUGAGGAUAGCUUCCACGACUCCUACCCCCUGGCCAAACACCAGUGCAGCUGCACCCCAAAGCAUCCAUAAUUCUGCCAGAAGUGCGGGAAAGGCUCACAGAUGCCUACCUAUCCAUUUUAAAGAUAAGGGAGUGGGGGUGUUUAUCAAUCUGCGACUGUCAAAAAAUAAGAGCUGCUUAAAAAAAAAAUCCCAAUCUGCUUGUUUUGUACGUGUGGCCAGUGUACAGUUUUUGCAUGAUUCACUUGUUCGUUGCCUGACAAUUAGUUUGCAAGUGUGACUGGGCUGCAAUUAUUGUGGGAUUCACCUGUUCAUUUCAUGUAAAUUGUUUUGCACGUGUGGUGAGGCGACAUUUAUUAUGCGAUUGACUUGUUCACUGUGUGAUCACUGUUUGGCACAUGUGGCCAAGCGACAGUUAUUGCACGAUUCAUCUGUUCAUUGCAUGGCAAUUCCCUUGUAUGUGUAGCUAUGCUACAUGAGUCACCUGUUCAUUGCAUGACAGUUACUUUGCACAUGUGGCCAGUCUACAUUAAUUGCACGAUUCACCCA